UGGCGGCUGGCCUGCUGAGGGUGGUUGUUGUGGGAACCGCGGCUGGUCGGGCCGGGCCGGGCGCUCCCGGGAGGCCGGUGAGGGCGGCUUGCCGCCCGGGGCAGUCCCGGAGCCGGGAAGGGCCGGCCCGCCGUCUCGGGCAGCGCUGUGGGUGAGGAACGGCGGGUGUGAGCGAGGUCUGUGCGCCGGCACCCCAGAUGGAAGAGUUCAUGGUUUCUGGUUUGCAUAAUAGCAGAGGCUGAAUAGGCAUAAAGGAGACUAUAGUGCGAGUGAGAAGUAUCAAAGAAGAAGAAAUGAAUCCUGCAAAUGAUGAUCCAGUGUUUGGGGCCGCUUUUGAAUGGGACUAUCUCUUAUGGGAAGUUCGUUUGACAUUUUUAGCUGCUGGCUUUUUAAUCUACUUGGGAAUAUUCCUUCUGUCUCACUGGUUGUCUUCAUGGAUAAGUACCACUUACUGUGCCUUGUAUGCAAAGGAGAAGGUGUUUUGGAAUAUGGCAGUCACACGUGGUGUGUUUGGACUUCAGAGUUGUGUUGCUGGGCUAUGGGCUUUGCUCAUAGAUCCUGUUUUUCAUGCUGAUAAAGUAUAUUCACAGCAAAAGUGGAGUUGGUUUAACUGUUUAAUAGCUGCUGGAUUUUUCUUGCUUGAAAAUGUAGCUGUUCACGUGUCCAAUGUUAUUUUUAGAACAUUUGAUGCGUUCUUGGUAGCUCAUCACUUGCUAGCUUUUGGUGGCUUGGCUGGUCUAGUGAUUAAUGUGAAAUCUGGACACUAUCUGCCUUUGAUGGGAAUGUUGCUGGAGAUGAGUACUCCCUCAACAUGCAUUUCCUGGAUGCUUCUGAAGGCUGGCUGUGCUAACACCUUUUUCUGGAAAGCAAACCAGUGGGUGAUGAUCCACCUGUUUCACUGCCGCAUGAUUCUUACUUACCACAUGUGGUGGGUGUGUAUUUUCAAUUGGAAUUCUGUGGUGGAAAAUCUGGGACUUCUUCAUUUUAUUGUUUUAUUCUCGGGAUUAUUUGCCGUUACACUAAUACUUAACCCAUACUGGACAUACAAAAAAACUCAGCAACUUCUGAACCCAACUGACUGGAAUUUUGAAAAUAAAGCAGUGGAAAAUGGAAAAUUAAAUGGUGAAACACAUCAAAAGAAGAGGAUGUAACACUGAAACAGCUGUUUCCUGAUAGGGUAUCAGAAGAAUACAAUGUAGAGUAAUUCUUUGCCUGUGAAAUAGAAGCUUUUGCAUGAAGCUCAUUAACACAAUGAUUCCUUGCUGGUAGGAUUCUGUAUGCACCAGAAGUAUUUUAAUGCACUGUUUCUGUUUCAUAUGUGCAUACACAUAAGAUAGUCAACUUUUUAGUUAUGAAAUACACCAACAAUUUUGUCAGGUUGGACAAUAUUUCAUGAUCUAGUAGUGAUGUGCUCUCUAAUCAGGCAUCCUUUGUCCUAAUGCUUCCAAGUGGCUUUACAGUUAAUUUGUCUGUUAAGCUCAGCUUGAAUCAAGUUUAGCUUGAAUCCUAUUUCAUAUAUGUCAGAGAUACUGUUACUGGAAGUUAAGUUGUUUAUUAAGAUCAAUUAUGACGCGAGUUAGGUAUGCAUGGGUACAUAGUUCCUGUGUGCCAUUUAGUCAUUCCAAAUAGCUGAAUUGGUCAGUGGUAGAAUGCAGUCACAGCUGGGGUGUAGGGUUUUGGUUUUUUUCUGGUUGUUUUUUUUUGGUUUUGGGUUUGUUUGGGUUUUUUUUCUUCUUUUAAGUGCACUUGAGGAAGAUAAUUGUUUGAGUGUUCACUGUCAAAGUGAGUUGUAGUUUCCAGGUUGCCCUUAGAAUGGGAGGAGUUCAUAUCCACCACAUAGAUGCAUGUGAGGAUGCAGGCAUUUAUUAUGCUGGUGGUCUAGCCAGGUGAUCAUAGCGGUCCCUUCUGGACUUGAAGUCCAUGAAAUACAAAAGGCAACAACAGAAUGUUUAACUCCCUUUCUGUGCUUGAAAAUAUUGCUGGUUGAUUAGUAAAAUUAUUUUCUUUCUAGGUCCCACGUGAGGGGUCAAGUAAUUAGUUCCAUUAGUGCUUCUGUUAUGGCUCCUCCUAUUUUUGGAAAUUUUCUUAGUUAUAGAGGGUUUUAGAACAUGAGGUGGCUCCUCUGGAAAGCCUGUGGAGGAAAGCCUGUAUCACCUCCUUUAGGAGUUCAGUUGUUCUUCUACUAUUUUUAUUUUACUUCAAAGAACAUACGAAGUAACAGUAACAAUCCUUUGCACUUUAUCAGCCACAUCACUAAAUCUUUCCUUGGCCUAAGGAAUAGGGUCACUUUUUAGAUAGGGACUUUGCAAAUUGUGGUGGGUGUUCUCCGACUCAUAGCAUUACUCUGAUGGUUCCAGCGCGAAGUGUUGGACAGUGGAUGAAGGUCUAAAAAUCACGACAGAAGACAGUGACGCCUAGUGGCAGGAGAAUGACAAGGAUAUUAAUUAGUUUUGUGCACUGAGCUAACGAGUUUGAAACUUCGUUUCAUAGUGUGAUGUGACUGCUACACAGAUUUAGUUUCCAAAGCAAUAAGACUGGGCAAGCCCAAGCUAUGAAGAAUUUUAGGUCAAGGCAUGUGUUAGAGGCUUUAUCUGCUGAUCUGUGGUGGAGCACAUUUUAAACGUGUAAGGGAAGCGCUUAACGUGUUAAACGGGUAAACAGCACCAUGUUAUUAAUUUUUGGUGGAAAUGUCUUUGAUUUUGUUCUGAGUGAAGGGAGGAAGCUAGUGGUCAGGUUGUUGUGUUCCCUAAUUCACUGCAUGUGAGCACAGAGUUGAAGAGCUGCUCUACGAGGGAAAGUUCUAGCUAUUAAGUCACAAAUAUUAGGCUAGAUCUUGUUGAUAAUGAUGAAGUGGUGAAUGUCUGAAACUGACCAUUCAGAACCAGGCUAGUAAUUUUGCACAGCAGCUAUGUCUGUUGUUCUGUUGAUACUCAAUAGAGAAAAUCUAAAUUUGUGCUACUUUCUUCUAAGCAGGCCAGAAGGGGAAGUGGGAAUGAGGGGAACAAGUGGCUUUGUGUCACUUAGUUGCCAUCAGGGGUUUAACCACAACAGUGUUUUGGCAGUGUAGCCUAUAUCGGUGACAUUCUAUAGAAAAAAGGGUUCUCUAAAGCUUGGAAUUAUGUGCUUCUCCUGAGGAGUUGUGUGUGGGAGAGUAAUGUUGAAAGUGCUUUAGAAGAAAGCAGGGGAUGAAUUCCUUGGAAACAGAACCCAAAUAUGUGAUCCAAAUAUGUAUCUUGCAGAAUCCAAACCUCACUUGCAGGAGCUCCAGAGGAAAAGGCAGGGGUUAAGUCGCCAGAUAUCGUCAGAUAUCAAAAUGCUGGUGUACUCUGUGCAGCUUAAAACUGAAAGGUUUGGAUUCAGUAAAAUCAGGUAACAAUUAUAAAAAUUCCAGCUAUGGAAUUCUGAAGAAUCCUAACAGAAAAUGGAAGCAUUAAAAGAGAAGUAAGUUUGGGCCAAGUAUGUGAUUCUUACAGUGUCUGGCUGAAGAAGGUGAAGUUUCUAUGUGCUAAAAUAAAAGAAUAUAGAGGGGUGGGGUUAGUGAAUUUGGGAAUGAAAACUGAGAUUCGGUGUGGUCCAAGUGGCACCAGGCUUCUAAAGUUUAAUACUUUGUUUUGUUAAUUUGUGUAAUGUUACGUGGAUUUUAAGUAUCUCAUUAAAAGUGUUUUUUAUUAUAAUAAUGAAGUCUUUUCAUGCUGCAUCUUAGCAUGAUUUCUUUUCAUGCAAAGACUGUUACAGCAUAUCUCAAAUCUUCUGCAUGUCUCAACUAUAUAAUUAAUACCUCAGAGCACCUGUUAACUUAAACAUUGCUAGACCUACUAGAAAAAGGGAGCUAUGCAAUAAAGCAAAUAACAGCACUCAUUUUAUUUCUGUUGGUUUGAGUGCACCUUUACAGUCCACCUAAAAAUAAACAGGACAAAAAAUACAGACAACCUUUAUUCUUCAUCUUGAUGGCCUAGAGCUGGAGUUACCAGUUCUGUUACAGAGAGACUUUUAUUAUACUUGAGUGUUUUCUUUCCUGCCUUUUGGUUGCUCCCUUUAAGGGGAUUUUCUGGUUUAUGAUUGUGGAUGAUUGUCUCAUUGCUCUGAAACAAGACUCAAAAGGUUCUCUAACUGAGGGGAUUGGUGUCUAAUUACCUGUAUAAAUAAGUGCUGCUUUUCAACCCAAAGGUAGACUGGCCAUAGUUUGUUUAUAAAUUUUGUUAAAGUGAAACUAACCCCAGCCCUGUUGGGCCUCUCUUAUAAGGCCUCAUCUACAAUCUGAUGUUGGAAUAUUCACACUCAGCUUCAGUAGUGGCUGGAUCAGGUCACAGGGUGUGCUGCUGCCAUGAUUUGGAAAAGUCUUGCAUAAUAUCAUUUUGGGUGAAUUUUUUGUUUGACUACUGGAGACUCCAUCCUCCUUUCUGUUUGGACAAGCUUGUUCAGGGAGUCCUCUUUGCAUCAGCUUUCUGGCUGAAGCUUUUUAAAAAAACAAAAUCAAACCCACAACAAAGAACAAACUGUGAUGGGGGCGUUUGGCAUUUGGUGUUUUUUUUGGGGGGGUGUUUUUUAAGGGGCUGAUUUUUUGUUUGUAUUUAAGAAAAAUGUCUGAACUAAGACACGCUGGCCAGACAUCUGGUUCUUACCAUCUUCAUACAGCAUUCCUAAAUCACAGUUUGUGUUUGCCUCCAUUUGUAUCCUGUCUUAGAUUCUUUCCAAAACCUGUCAUCCUUUCCCUUCUCGCCCACCAAUCUUUCAGUAAUAUUUACUGUUACUUCCAGUACAGGUCAUGAUCUUGAAGCUGUCACGUUGCCACAGUGAUAUCUCUGUCUAAUAGUUUUCAGCAUGUACUGUUGGGCCCUUCUUCCACUAAAUGCAAUGUCCAAGUCUUUCAGGUUUUCUUGCUUUUUCCUGGUAACACUGAUUAAAUAUUGAUGUUACAUACAGUUAUAAGACACCUUUCUUAACCUCAGGGAGACUCCCACUUAAAGUGAAUUUAGAAGUAUUAAGCAAAUUCAAGUUUGCUCUUAUAUGAAAAUGUUUGUUGAAUGGUACAGCAUCUUUACAGUGUGUACAUAAAUAAAAGUAUUUUAUUGAAGAAUUGUCUACCUGAGUUUCAUUUACUCAUGAAAAUAAUGUCUAUUACUUGGUAUUUGUCGCUUAAACAGUUUUUGCAGUGCACACACUAAAAAGACGACUUGUUUAUUUUGAAAUACUCUUGUUAAACUUGACAAAGGUAAUGUCAUAUCCAUGUAAAUAGCUAUAAAACUUUGUAAACUUCACCAUUUAACAUAUUUUUACAUGAACAUAUUUAGUUACAUGACUAAAACACUAGACAUUGCGACAUAUGUAAGUAUGUAUUAAAAAUGGUUGAAAAGAAUCACUUGGAAAUUAUCUUUAUGACUUGCUUAUUUGAAGUGUGGGGUCCAUUUUUUUGUUAGGCUCUAACUGUGAAGACACUUCAUUUGGUACCACAUGAUGCUGCGUGGUUUAAUAUGGGCUACCUUAAAUUAAAACCAACGAAACCCCCACAAACCAACAAAACAAAAACCCCAAACUUGUUUCAUUGCUAAAUAACAAAUUCAGUUCUAAACAUUCAAUGUGUGUCUUGUAUGGUGCUUUGAAGGAAUUAAUUCCUGAUGGUUUUUAGCAUUAAUGAGUUAAAGAAAAAAGGCAUUGUUACUGGCAUUUUUAAUUAUUCUUCUGAGAAUGCAUUGCAUAAGCAACUGGCUGAUAUGAUUUUGCUAGCUGCUGCUGUAGUGAAGUCCCCAAGAUUAACUGACGUUCAUGUGUAAAGCUCCACUGUGGAAUGUGUGUGGGUACGGGCUGGGAUGAGAAGAACAAUGCAUAGUAGUAUUUGUAUGAAUAAAUUCCUUUUUUUUUUUUUUUAUUUUUUAAUAUAAUCUGUAAAAGGAAUUUAAAUGUUAUUGAUGUUUUGCUAUUCAGAUGUUUUCAAUUUCAGAUGUUUUCAAUUAAUAGGUAAGUAUAUUUUCCUUAGUAGCUCUUGCUGUAUUCCCAGAAAAGCACACUUACACAGGUGAGGUUAUUCAGCAAUUACACUUUUUCAAUCUUGUGUCAUGGC